AUGUCCUUAAACAGAAGACGUAGACGUGAAGAUAAUGAGGAUUCUGAUGGUGAAAAUGAACUUCCACCAUCAUCACCCCAGCAGCAACCUGAAAGAGCCGCAUUUGAUCCAGUUUCUUCUCCUAUAGGGUCUCCAAUGGUUGAUGAUCCAGAAUUGGACGAUGACGAUGAUAUGGUUAACCCAGAAGGUCGUGAUAACGAAAUAGAUGAAGAUCCUGAUCUAGAGGAAAUGGAAGAACAAAUGAAUCAAGUUGACUUAGUAGGCGAAGAUAUGUAUGAAGAUUAUAGACAUGACGCCUCCAAAGACAGGUAUGAUUUGAAUGAUGUGGAUGAUACAGCACAGAGAGAAUUAUCUGCAAGUGAGCGUCGUCGUAUUGAUGCUCAAUUGAAUGAAAGAGAUAGACUAUUAAGGAAUGUUGCCUAUAUGGAUAACGAUGACGAAGAACCUGGUAAUACUGCACUAGAUGAAAUGGGUUUACCUGUACAAAGACGUAGACGUAGAAGGCAAUAUGAAACUUUAGAACAUAGUGAUGACGAUUUGUUAGAUGAUAUGGACAUCGAUCCUCUAAGAGAAGAGUUAACAUUAGAAUCCUUAAGUAAUAUCAAGGCAAAUAGUUAUUCUGAAUGGAUUACACAACCAAAUGUUGGAAGAACAAUUGCAAGAGAAUUAAAAUCUUUUUUACUAGAGUACACGGAUGAAACGGGUAGAUCUGUAUAUGGGGCACGUAUUAGAACAUUAGGUGAAAUGAAUUCAGAAUCUUUAGAAGUUAACUAUAGGCAUUUAGCUGAAUCUAAAGCUAUCUUAGCAUUAUUCUUAGCGAAAUGCCCCGAGGAAAUGCUAAAAAUAUUCGAUUUAGUUGCUAUGGAAGCUACCGAAUUACAUUAUCCUGAUUAUGCUCGUAUUCAUUCUGAAAUUCAUGUGAGAAUAUCUGAUUUCCCAACUAUUCAUAGUUUACGUGAACUUCGUGAGUCAAAUUUAACUUCGUUAGUACGUGUCACUGGUGUUGUUACAAGAAGAACUGGUGUCUUCCCACAGUUGAAGUAUGUGAAAUUUAAUUGUUUAAAAUGUGGUACUAUAUUAGGUCCGUUUUUCCAAGAUUCCAACGAAGAAAUAAGAAUAUCAUUCUGUACUAAUUGUAAAUCUAAAGGGCCUUUUAAUGUUAAUGGAGAAAAAACUGUGUAUAGAAAUUAUCAAAGAAUCACUUUACAGGAAGCUCCAGGUACUGUCCCUGCAGGUCGUUUACCAAGGCAUAGAGAAGUUAUUCUAUUGGCAGAUUUAGUUGAUGUCUCUAAACCUGGAGAAGAAGUUGAAGUCACAGGUAUAUACAAGAAUAAUUACGAUGGUAAUUUGAAUGCUAAGAAUGGCUUUCCUGUUUUUGCAACAAUUAUUGAGGCGAACUCUGUCAGAAGAAGAGAAGGUAAUAUGUCAAAUGAAGGAGAAGAAGGUUUAGAUGUCUUUGGCUGGACUGAAGAAGAAGAAAGAGAAUUUAGGAAAAUUUCUAGAGAUCGUGGUAUUAUUGAUAAAAUUAUUUCUUCUAUGGCACCUUCUAUCUAUGGGCAUAGAGAUAUCAAAACAGCAGUGGCCUGUUCAUUAUUCGGUGGUGUUCCUAAAAAUGUUAACGGGAAGCAUUCUAUUCGUGGUGACAUCAAUGUUCUAUUAUUAGGUGAUCCCGGGACGGCUAAGUCGCAAAUUUUAAAGUAUGUUGAAAAAACUGCUCAUAGAGCAGUAUUUGCUACUGGUCAAGGUGCAUCUGCUGUUGGUUUAACUGCUUCAGUGAGAAAGGAUCCAAUUACAAGGGAAUGGACAUUAGAAGGUGGUGCGUUAGUUUUAGCAGAUAAGGGGGUAUGUUUAAUUGAUGAAUUCGAUAAGAUGAAUGACCAAGAUCGUACAUCUAUUCAUGAAGCCAUGGAACAACAAAGUAUUUCGAUUUCUAAAGCUGGUAUUGUGACAACGCUUCAAGCACGUUGUUCCAUUAUUGCUGCUGCCAACCCAAAUGGAGGUAGAUAUAAUUCAACUUUACCGUUGGCGCAAAAUGUUAGUCUGACAGAGCCGAUCCUUUCCAGAUUUGAUAUCCUUUGUGUGGUACGAGAUUUAGUAGAUGAAGAAGCAGAUGAAAGAUUGGCAACUUUCGUUGUUGACUCUCAUGUCAGAUCUCAUCCAGAGAACAAGGAUGGUGAUGAUCUGGAAACGACCCAAGCAGGUGAAGAUGACGAAGAAGCACAAGAACUUUCCGCUAGACAGAGGAGACUGAAAGUUCAAAGGAAAAAAGAAGAAGAAAUCUCUCCAAUUCCUCAAGAACUUUUAAUGAAAUAUAUACAUUACGCAAGGACCAAAGUUCAUCCUAAAUUACAUCAAAUGGAUAUGGAUAAAGUUAGUAGGGUAUAUGCUGAUUUAAGAAGAGAAAGUAUUUCAACAGGGUCCUUCCCAAUUACGGUCCGUCAUUUAGAGUCGAUUUUAAGAAUAGCUGAAUCAUUUGCAAAAAUGAGACUUUCGGAAUUCGUAUCAUCAUGGGAUCUUGAUAGAGCUAUUAAAGUUGUUGUUGAUUCCUUUGUUGAUGCUCAAAAGAUUUCCGUUCGUCGUCAACUACAUAGAUCAUUUGCUAUUUAUACACUUGGACAACAUCAGCGGAGGUGA